AUGACUUGUCAAAUUCAAACUGAUGGUAUGCUAGAAGUUGUUUCAUUUCAUGAGCAACAUAAUCAUGAAUCUGCAUCUUCCCCAAUGAAACACAUGUUAAGAUCAACAAGACAAAUUACACCUGCUCAAAAAACUAUUUCAGAUGAUGCUGAGAAAUCUAGAAUAGCAAUCAAACAAACUAUAGAUUUGAUGAGCAUGCAAGCUAGGGAUUGUGAAAAUCUUGGCUUUUUGGAUGUUGACUAUAGAAAUUACGUACAGUCUAAGAGGAGAACAUCUUUGAAGAAAGGGGAUGGUCGUGUUGUGAUGGAGUACUUUCAUAAUAUGAAAUUAGAAGAUCCAUCUUAUUUUUAUUCAAUAGAACUUGAUGAUGAUGAUCUUAUCAUGAACAUUUUUUGGGCAGAUUCUAGAUCAAUGGUUGAUUAUGGACAUUUCGGUGAUGUGAGAUGCUUUGACACUACUUACCGUACAAAUGCGUUGCACCGACCUUUUGCACCAUCUAUUGGAGUUAAUCACCAUAAACAAACAGUUAUAUUUGAUGCGGCAUUACUUUAUGAUGAAACUGUAGAUUCAUUUAAGUGGUUAUUUAAAACUUUUCUAAAUUCAAUGUCAGGGAAGUAG